AUGUCUGGUUAUCGAAGAGGCGGUUUUCGAGGCCGAAAGCGCUUUUAUAAAGACACUUUCGCGCCGGGAGGUUCAAAAACCGAUCCUCUGAACCUUGCGAUUGAAUUGCUCGAUAAUCCGGAGGAAGAGAAAAGACGUUUGGGUCUUUUGGAUCCGGAGCCUGCAACAGUUCCUCAGCCAAAACGUCGAAAAACCAAAAAGAAGGAGAAAAAACAGGAAAAAGCAGAGGAAGAGGAGACAGAUUCCCCUAAAAAAUCUCCUGUGAAGAAAAAUCGACAUGGUUCGCCAAAGAAAGAGCCUCGACGUGAGCAUCAGCCUACCAAAGAAGAGAAGGAAGCCUCGGAAUUCCGUAAGAACAAAAAUGAAUAUUUCAACCGCAAAUAUCGUUAUGGAAACUUCGAUAGAUAUUAUGGAAUCCGCUUGAAUCCUGGAGAAACUGACAAACGUCUAUCUGCUUUCGAUAAGGCUUGGUUCGAACAUAAGUCAAUUCUGGAUAUUGGAUGCAAUGUUGGAUUUCUCACAUUAUCCAUUGCAAAGGAUUUUUCGCCCCGACGAAUUCUUGGUAUUGAUAUCGACGAACAUCUUAUUGGCGUGGCACGGAAGAACAUUCGGCAUUAUUGCGAUCAUGAGACGGCUGUUGCUGGGAAGUUUCCGGUGUCAUUCGGUGUUCAAUUCGGAACGAUUUCUCAACGAACUGAAGAACCGCGACCAUUCUCAACUAAGUUUCCUGACAAUGUUUGGUUCAAAAAGGAGAACUACGUGUUGGAAAGCGACGAGAUGCUUGACAUGAUUCAACCAGAGUUUGAUGUGAUUCUCGCCCUUUCUAUUACAAAAUGGAUUCACUUGAAUUGGGGAGACAAUGGACUGAUGAGAUUCUUCAAGCGAGCUUAUGCGCAGCUUCAUCCCGGUGGUCGCUUCAUCAUCGAACCACAAGCAUUUGAAACGUAUCGGAAGCGUGCCAAAAUGAACGAGGAACUCAAAGCAAACUACUCCAAGAUUGAGUUCAAACCCGAGGAUUUCGAAAUGUGGCUAAUCGAGACUGUUGGCUACGAAUCUGUCGAGAAACUUGGUGUGGCAACUGCCAAGUCGAAAGGAUUUGAGAGACCAAUCGACGUGUAUCUGAAACCGGUGCGACCAAAAACCGGCGCGAUCCCAUUGGGUUAUAUUUGA